GGUCCAAUCAAGAUCGCUCUUUCACCGACAACUUCAUCCUGACUUCAUUCUUUGUUUUCGCGUCCUUUCGUUGUAUGAUACCCACCAAAGUUCCAGAUAUUGCACUCUCAUGACCAGAGUUCCAUGAGACAUUAUGUCUGCUAAUGAAGACGUGCCUUGGUACAGCGGACCCACAGAUACCCAACCUUUCAUCCUCGCGAAACUAAUUACUUCUAAUGAUAAGCAAGCACCUCCUCUGUACACUACGUCGACAUUUCCUUGGACCACUAAGUCUCUUGAGACCUUGUGGGACCGAGGCCUCUUUGACAAUCCCGAAUGGGUAGAGAAAUGGAAAUCUACUGUUCGCCAAUGGAGCGCAACUAUUGCUGCUGGGAGUGAUGGUCGACUGUAUAUUUUUCCCAAGCUAGCAUCUUCGAAACCAGCCAUUGUGAUGAUUAUGGACGCCGAGAGGAAAGUUAAUGUAGACCGCAAAGUACACUGUUGUGCAUGGGCUUUGAACAAGGAUGCUCCAACAGAUCCUCUGUUAAUCGUCGCCGCAUCCAGCUUAAUCUUCAUCCUGGAUGCAAGGACAAAAAAGCUCAUAGGCCGAAUUCGUGGACAUGGAAGUGACAUCACCUCCAUUGCCGUUCAUCCAUAUCAUCCAUAUAUAUUCUGCACGACCUCAAAGGACCAAACCACCCGCAUAUACGACCUAUCCUUACCCGCGAGACAAAAGCCUAAUAAUAUACACUGGCCCCCAAGUGAGGCCCCUAGCCUUGCGGGUCCUGCCUUCGGUCUUCAGUUGUCUGAGCGUGAAGGUGACGGAUGUGGUUGCUGUGUCGGCGUCCUAGUCGGCGGACGUUCAGGAGGACAUGAAGCCGCUGUUUUAGGCGCAGCGUUCCAUCCCACAUAUCCUCUCGUAGCAACAUGUGGUAUGGACCGUGCCGUGAAGAUCUGGCGUAUACCCCCAUUAGAGGCCGAUUCAUUUGCCAGAGAAGACAAACCAAUAUUCUCCUCCGAACUAAUACAUAGGGCGCGGGCACUGUCUAUCGCUUGGUUGAGUCAAGAUGUUUUAAUGUCGCACUCCGCGCCGGCUUGGAUGAGGAAGGUCGGAGAUGGAGAGGAGCCGUAUGAAUACUUUCAGGAACAUGGAACUAUUGUCGUCUGGCGAUGGCUUGGAUUCGAUCGUUUCUUUCCCCCAGACAAGCCAUUUCAAAAAGUCGUCAGAGGCGUAGCAAGCGACUACCGAGGCAGCGACAGCUUCAAGAUUAUCUCAUGUUAUUCCCUUCCAAUGAACGUGCUCAAACUGCGUGUCUACCGUUCUUUAGCUCAUGAUCCCAUCAUCGUCAUACCUAUGGGCAACACUGUUCGUAUCCUUAACGUGAUGCAUUUCAAAGGCAGGGAGCCACCUGCGUUUCCUACAAACGACGAAAUGGUGGAACUCACUAAGCGGAUGAGGCUUUCUGUCCCCGAAGGCGAUGGUGACAACGAGAACGGAAACCGCAUUCCUCAACCGGAUGCCAGACCGCCGAGGCCGCUAUUGGAAACUGUGAAAGGUUGGGAACUGCCUUUGAGCCAGACUGACGGACCGAUUGAUAUACAAAACUGCGAAGUCGCGUGUCAGGGUAGAGUGAUUGUUGGCGUAGGUAUCAAGGGAACAAUGGUAGUUUGGAAAUUGCGGCCAAGUCAAGGUGAAUAGCCAGAUGUAUAAUUAGAAGUACCUGUAAGCUGUUGUCCUUUCUUUUUGUGAUAGAUGGUCAAGCGCCAUCGUCGUUCACACCGGAGAUGAAUUCCCUGUCUCGAACCCAGGUUUAUUA